CAGAUCGCAUGUAUAUUCGAGAUAUUUGAUGUCAAUAAAGCCCUGGCAUAUCAAGCCUUGUCAUAUGAAUGGGAUCUGAAGGCUCCCGUCAAGGAAAUUGAUGUCAUGGGUCAGCCAACAACGAUCUGGGAGAAUCUAUGAACCUUUCUCUCCAGACUUGGAUCUCACCGCUGCAAUAAUUAUCACUGGUGUGGUGCUAUUUGUAUUGGCCGGGGAAACGGUUAUGAGGGGAACUGCUAGGUGCAGCUCACGAGUCAAAUUUACCGUAAAGCACACCAAGUGCUAGUCCGGCGCGGCGAGGCGUAUCGCGGUUCAACUUGAUGAAUGGUGUGGAGGAACCUGGAUGUAGAGACUCUUACUUUGCUCGAGAGCCAGUAUGGGAAUGCCUCGCCGCUCAUUCCGAAAGGAGGUAUUGGACUAGAAUCUGGCUCAUCUAGGAGAUCACUGUCCCGCGAGAGCUGAGAGUAUCCUGUGGAGAAGAAACAGUGUCGUGGUCUGCAUUUGCAAUGGUGUGCCAAUUUCCCCCAGACAAAUUUGCAGUUACGCAAUGGACAGUCGAGCUUUGGACCCCAUUAUCGGUCAGUGUAAAGCAAUGAGAACGAUGGACCUCUAUUCGACGAAUCUGCCAAAGCAAAAUUUACAGACUUUUUUGCCCACAAACCUGCUGGCUAGAAUUUGUAGCUUCUUGCGAGACCCUAUCCGACCGUUACAGGACACCAAGUUGUGACGACCGGGACAGAAAUUUUGCCUUGUUGAGCAUUUCGCAAGAAGUGGUAAUCGAUCG